AAGUAUUUCGAGAUUUCUCUUUCUUCAAAAACUUGAGUGAGAGAAAAGAAAUUCAGAUUCUCUCACGCGCUUUCGGAUCCUUCCUCCUGACCCCUCUAAAGAAUCCACUCGGGUCGAUAUAUUUUUGUUUUCCUAUCCACUUCUCCAGUUUCUCUUUCAUAAGCAUCUUUGUUGUUUCAUGACCAAAACAUUACAAGAUCCAUUUACAAACAUUUCUCCGCUGAAAUCAAGCUGCAAUUCCUCAUAGAAAAUCACCUUAAAGAAUAUUUGGGAUCGAACAAACCGUAACCGUAAAUGCUGAAAACAAGAGCAAGAUUUCAUCAGAAAGAUGAAACAAUGUCUCAGUCUGUAGAUCCGCAAACCGAUCUGGUCGGACUCAACAACACCAAAGCGAUCACUAACCCACUGGCUCUGAGUCUCUUGAUCGGUCUGAGAAACAACAAGUGCAUCUCAGAUUCUGAUAUUCUCAGGAGCCCUAAAUCUCCUCUAGAAUUUAGGGUGUUGUCUACAAUGGCUGAGCCCUUCUUCCUCAGAUCUCCUAGAUCAUCACUCACUGCUCAUCUUAACUGUUCUUGUGUCCCUGCUAAAGUUGGGCUAAGCAUUGUGGAUUAUCUUGGUGAUGAUGGGGUUUUAUCACCAGAUGUCGUGUUUGGACCAGCCUUGAGGCUCAAAUUUUCUGAGUUUAAAGACAAACAUCCCAAGUUUUUUGCAGAAACCAUGUCCUUGAAUGUCGAAAAGAAAAGAUCUGGUGUUAUUUUUGAAAUCGGCGAGAUCGAGCCAAUCGGGUUAAGAAAUCGCUCCUUUUGGGAGAUUGAUUGUCCGAGAAAGGCCCGAGUUCUGUCUCAAUCCAAGGCCAUCGCAGAAGGGUACUUUCCAGGGAUUGGUUCAGACAAUGCAUCCUCCUCUUGUCUAUCUGAGGAUGAGAUGGAGAUGUCAGAGGACUACACUUGUAUCAUUGCGCAUGGUCCUAACCCGAAAACCACUCAUAUUUAUGGUGACCGAGUUUUAGAGUGUCACAAGAAUGAGGUUAUAAACAAAGAGAAGCAAUUUGAAACGGAGUUAGAUUCUAUGUUUCUCAGGGAAAACUUCCUUAGCGUGUGUAACUUCUGCAACAAGAAACUUGAAGUUGGUAAAGACAUAUAUAUGUACAGAGGGGAGAAAGCGUUUUGCAGUGAAGAGUGUCGUUCAGAGGAGAUGAUGAUAGAUGAGGAGGACCUGGAAGAUUCGUGCUUAACUAUGCACGAAUCUUUGAAGAAGCUCUUCUGAACAAGAAGCGGCUAAUAAGACAAUGGCCAUGGGACUAGCUUUUAUAGACCCGAUGGUCUUUUAACUACCUAAAAGACUUAUUAUAUAUGUAUUGACUAGUUUCAUGCCAAUGGUAGGUAACAUUUGGCACUAAUAUGGUUCAUCCGUCCACAAAGAGCUGCGUUUAUGCGCAUCUAUUAGCAGCUGCAGCAGCCAUGAAUAGGGCGUCCUAGUUUUUUUUUGUAUAUAUUUUUUUCUGGUUUUGGAUAUGGAAGUCCAAGAACACACUAUUAUGAUCAUAACUGACGCAAUAAGCUUCGUAAAGAGAGUGUUGGUUGCAAGAAAAGGAUCGUGUAACCACACUCCAUUUUUUUUGUGAGUCUUGUUUCUGCGGUCUUUCUAUGGAUGUCUGGCCUCAUAAGUUUGUAUUCUCUAUUUUUUUUCUUUUUUUUUUGUUUUUUAAUAAGUAACAUAUCUAUAGUAAUAAACUAUAGAAAAUUUUACAUCGUAGGUCACUUUUCUACUUAUAAAUAUCAGAGAAAGUCACUUUCUUCUA